AUGGACAAGGCAGCUGCUGAACUUCAACUUGAGGCAGCAGAUCCUGCUCUUCUUCUUCACCAUCAUCAGAGUUAUACUGGAAAUGGGAUAGGUGACAGUACCUCCUUGAUUCCAGAGUCCAGAAGACCGAACCUCUCCUCUCUACAAAUACCAGCAAGAUCAGUGGAAAAUGCAUUAUCCUCUUUUACAAAGACAGAUGGUCCUACAUUGAUAUCAAGUCCAGGUUCCACUCGAGGACUUCCCCCAAGGCCAAAUUCAGCCAGAGUCAAGUCCACUAUGAAAAGUUUGCUUUCAGAGAGGAGCUUUAGGGCUAAGAAUGGUUCACAAGAUAGUGAAAGGACAGUUCUGAUUGUUCCUGAUAACUUACCAUCAGAUGGUCCUGUGGAUAAGCCUUCAACUUCUAAGCCUUCAACUUCAAGGUCUCUUUCUCUUAACAAGAUUUUGUUCCCUUCAUCAACCAAAGCCACACAUUCAUUGCCAGUUACUCCAACUGCAAAUUCAGGUGCAGAGAUUGUACAAGGAAGACAUCUAGGGUGUGAUUCUGAUUUAAGUAAAAUGGAAGUAAAUCAGCACAUAACUCGAUCGGUUUCGGUUCCAGUAAAUAUCAAAGGUGCUAAUUUAAGACGUACAGAUUCUAGAAGGUUGAUUCGUGUAAUUUCAGCAAGAUCACUUCUAAUUACCAGUGAUGGCAUUUCAUCUCAAAAUGCUUCCGGAUCAGAGAUUGUCAUUGAAGAUACUUCUGAGGAUAUUCCAGAGGAAGAUGCAGUUUGUAGGAUUUGUUUGGUGGAGCUUGCGGAAGGAGGGCAUACUCUCAGGAUGGAAUGCAGCUGUAAAGGUGAGCUUGCACUUGCUCACCAAGACUGUGCAGUAAAGUGGUUUAGUAUCAAAGGAAACAAGAGUUGUGAUGUCUGCAAGCAGGAAGUCCUUAACCUCCCAGUAACACUCUUGAAAAUUGCUAAUCCUCAAACUGUUACUCCACAGCCAUUAAAUGCACCAGCACCACAGCAGAGAGAAGUAACUUAUUAUAGGAUAUGGCAGGAUUUAUCAGUACUUGUCUUGGUCAGCAUGCUUGCAUACUUUUGUUUUCUUGAGGAACUACUGGUUUCAGAUUUGGGCACUCGUGCUCUUGCUAUUUCAUUACCUUUCUCCUGUGUUUUAGGACUCCUUUCUUCCAUGAUUGCUUCAACCAUGGUGAGCGGGAGCUACAUGUGGGCCUAUGCUUGCUUCCAGUUUGCAAUUGUCAUCCUGUUUGCUCAUGUGUUUUAUACCAUACUUAAUGUUAAUUCCAUCCUCUCAGUUCUUCUCUCCUCGUUCACUGGAUUUGGGAUUUCAAUCAGCUUGAAUACUUUGGUAACUGAAUAUGUUAGAUGGAGAAUGAGAAGACUGAUUCAAUCUUCUACGACACAACAACCACGUCGUGAUCACGCACACCAGCAGCAAGAACAUCAAAGACUGCGUCCUCAACUGCUAAGGCCGCAACAAGAGCAGCACCAAUGA